AUGGCGCCUGCAAUCGCCAUCGGUAACUCAACAAAUUUCAAAUCCUUUUCGGCCAAAAGUCAGUUGACGAUGCCACGAACCCUCCUCCUUGCACCUCCAUCGUUAUCUUCGCACGAAGAAAGGCUGGAAAAUAUCGUCGAGGCGCAUGAUCGAGCUGCGACAGAUAUACAAAUGCUAGAUCGACUUUCGCUUGGUCUUGUAUCGCUUCCAGAGGCAACCUACGACGUCAUACUUCUUCUUACUGAUGCUGAUGGGUCAAGAAGAGAAGGUCAAAGUCUUUUAAAUCGCGAUACAUUUGCUCUGCUUGUUAGAGCCCUUAAAACAUCGGGCAAAUUGAGGAGUCAGGACGGUCAGUUUGGCGUAAGUGAGGGUCAAGAGCGAACGGAAGCGAUAUUAGCAGGCCUCAGGUAUGAGGUCGGUGAAGGUUUUAUUAAACCUGAUUACGGAGCACAAGCGCCUGUCCCUCUUACAUUCGCAAAGAACAAGGCUGUUGCACAAGCUGCAGGAGGGUUCAAUAGGGACAAUACGCAGUCAAUAUCGCUGGCCCUUACCGGAAAGCGUAAGAGCCAGGAUAUCAGCGGCGCCACACCAGCUGGGGUAGGCUUCGUGGACUUCUCCGAUGACCUGGGCAAGCCUGAGUUGGACGAUUCGGAGGACGAACUUAUCGAUGAGGAUACUUUGCUGACCGACGAGGAUCUCAUUAGACCUGUUAAGAUUCCUGCCGAAUGCAAGCCUAAAGCAGGAAAGAGACGCAGAGCUUGUAAAGAUUGCACGUGUGGUCUUGCGCAGAAACUUGAAGCGGAGGACAAAGCCAAAAGAGCAAACGCUGACUUCGCAUUGAAUACAUUGAAACUAGGUGCCGAUGAUCUUGCAGAGGUAGAUUUCACAGUCAAGGGUAAGGUUGGAAGUUGCGGAAAUUGCAGCUUAGGAGACGCCUUCAGGUGCGAUGGCUGUCCCUACAUUGGACUCCCAGCAUUCAAGCCUGGAGAAGAAGUCAGACUGCUGAAUGAUGAGAUCCAGCUUUAA